UAUGAUUGAUCGAUUUUGGGGACAUAAAACAUAAAGAUUACCUCAACCUAUAUAUGAAGAAGAAAAAUAAGUUUAAAUACAAUAAGAAAUUAUUCCUUAAGAGGUCAAGAAAGAAAUUCUGCCUUUAAUCAAAUAAAAAACUGAACCCUAAUUGAAGAAAAUCAUGAGCUCAAAAUAAUUUAAGGAAAGUUUACUAUUUGAUGAAAGAACUAGUUCUAUACCUAAAACAACCAUUUAGAAUCAUAUAAUUGAAGAUUUAAUAAGAGAUAGUGAUAUAUUUUUAAAGAAACCUGAAAUAAUAAAGUAAGUACAAAGUUUGAAGAGAUUAAAAGUACUCAAGAAAUAUGAAGCUAAUCAGUAAUUUGUAAUUUCUCAUUUAGUUCAAAUCUUCCAGGUGUUGGGAAAUUACCAUACAUAAUUAAUGAUUAUCAUUCAAAAAGUACCAAUCCAGGAUAUUCAAGAAAUAAUAAAGGAAACUUUUUUACAAGAUGAAAC